UUUGAAACUCUAUUAAAAUGACCAGACUUUUCGCCUAUAUUUGCCUUAUAGUUUUAGUCCAAGACAGUCACUCUGUUGAUCCGGCAAACUAUUUUAAAGAUUACUACAGUUCUUCGGUUUUGGGAUUGCUGAAUCUAUUUGAGCUUGAGCGAGAAUUUAUGGACAAUUUCAUAGUCUACGCAGAUGUCCUGCAAGAGAAGGUUGACAACCUGAAAAUGUACAUCGAUUCUUUGGAUCGUGGUAUGCAUGAAAACCACAAGGAACGGGAAGGCUUUGUCUCCAAUCCACUCAACGCCUUUGGACUAAUCCGUCGCUUGCAUCAGGAAUGGCCCAAGUGGCAGAACUACACCAAGAAGCCCCUGGGUGUGGCACAGCUAACUGCGAUGGAAGAGCUACUGUCUAAAGCGCCUGAACCUUACGACAUGACAGAGUCCCUGAAGUCAAUGGAUCGAAUUGAGAGAGCUUAUGACCUCCCAGCCAGCCACAUAGCCAGGGGCCUGCUGCAGAACAAACAAUACGACACUCAACUAUCAGUCCGGGACUGCUUGGCCUUGGCACAGCACAAAUACGAAUCCGGCGACUAUAUACGUGCCUCGAUGUGGUAUCGCGAAGCCCUGCGCCACAAUGGCGAACCCAACGCCGAGAUUAUUAACAGCGUUCUGGGCAAUCCACUCGAUGGUGUGGAUCUUCAGUUUGCCAGAACCAUUGUCAUACGCGGCCUUGGUUUGUCGGAUCAUUCGAUGAGCAGGGAAACGAUUCACGAAUUAGCCAGCAACUUUUUGAACCAGUCUAGUCCACGAGAUGUGAAGAUAUUCAUCAGCCAUUAUCUCAGACAAAGUGAUGAGCAAAUAGGCAAUGAACUGGGUACCGUCCAGACGCCGCCAACUGCCCACGAAUCUGGAUGUCGCGGACUGUUUCCCAAACGCACGAAUCUCGUCUGUCGCUACAACAGCACCACGACACCUUUCCUAAGACUGGCCCCCCUGAAAAUGGAGGAGGUUAAUCACGAUCCUUAUAUCGUUAUGUACCACCAAGUUCUAUCCGACCGAGAAAUGGAGGAAAUGAAGCAACUGGCACGGCCAAUGACCAAUGGAAUGUCGGGGUCUGAAAUGGCGAAUUUAACAGAGCCCCUCGAAAUAGUGGCACGCGUCGCAUGGCUGAUUGAAGCGUCGCCGUUCAGGGAGCGGCUCAAUCUCCGCAUCGGCGACAUGACGGGCUUCGAUGUGAGUGACUUUAAAGCCCUCCAAUUGGCCAACUUUGGGGUGGGCUCCUACUUCAAGGCGCACUAUGACUACCGCACCGAACGCGUCAACGACUUGGGCGUCACAGAGUUGGGCGAUCGCACGGGCAGCAUCAUCUUUUAUGCCAGCGAAGUGCCCCAAGGUGGCACCACGAUAUUCCCCGACAUCCAGGUGACGGUCACACCUCAGAAAGGAAACAGCUUGUUCUGGUUCAACACAUUCGAUGACUCGACCCCAGACCCGCGAUCCCUGCACGCCAUAUGCCCUGUCAUAGCCGGUUCCAGAUGGACAAUUACCAAAUGGCUCCACCAAUGGCCACAAAUGUUUCUGAAGCCCUGUAGUCCGCGGGCAGUGGAACGGACGUCUUAA